UGCCAACCAACGUCUAGUUACUCCCAGAACUUAAUUUGACGACUGUACAUACGUAAGAGCAAGCGUGCAAAAAGCAAACGAAACCCCCCCUCCGAUUAUUGUUGAACUUUAUUAGAACAACGAUUAGAUUAUAACAAAAGUCUGUAACUCGACGAACUCGACGAGAAACAGGAAAAAAUUGUCCUUGGAAUAUAAUUAGAGUAAUGGAGCCAAAUUGGGAAGAAUUCUACGCAAAUCAACCGAAACCGAGUGAUCUGGAGAGCAGCAAGAAAUUGCUGAAUGAUUUCGUGGAACGUUAUUCCGAUGGGCACACGAGAAUCGCUUUAGUAACGAGUGGAGGAACGACCGUUCCUCUGGAGCACAACACUGUGAGAUUUGUUGACAAUUUUUCCGCUGGCACCAGGGGAUCUGUCUCCACAGAGUAUUUUCUGGAGCACGGAUAUGCUGUCAUUUUUAUGUACAGGAUUAAAUCGUUGGAGCCCUUCUCCCGACACUUCACAGGCCAGAAAUUCCUGGAUAUGUUAGACCUAACCGAGAGAGAUGGGAAACCACAAUUGACGGUGUCUGAAACAUAUUCAGAGGAUGUUGCUCAAGCUCUGAUAAAAUACAAAAGUGCCCUCAAACAAGGAAAAUUAUUUCAGUUGAGUUUUACAACGUUAUCCGAAUAUCUCUGGCUGCUGAGAGCUGCCUCUCAGGCCCUCGCCCCCUUAGGGAAACGAGUCAUACUGUAUUUGGCUGCUGCAGUUUCCGAUUUUUACGUUCCAUCCAAUGAAAUGUCUGUGCAUAAAAUUGGAUCAGCAGUUGGAGCCCCGAAGAUAGCUCUCCACUUAGUUCCGAAAAUUCUGAAGCCUCUGGUCAAUCUUUGGGUUCCUAAAGCAUUUGUCAUCUCCUUCAAACUGGAAACUGAUGAGAAUUUAUUAAUUUCAAAGGCUAGAGCGUCUCUGAACACCUACAACCAUAAGUUGGUGAUAGCAAAUAUGCUGCAAACUCGGAAACAAAAGGUGACAAUGGUAGACAAGGACAAAGACUACGUCAUCUCAUUGACAAAUGAACAGAUGAAUCGGGGAGAAGAAAUCGAGAAGUACAUAAUUGAUGAUUUAGUAAAAAGACACGAAGAAUUUUUAUCAGCAAAAGAAACUAGUUGAUUUUUGCUGAAUCCCUGUGUGAUUAAUGUGGAGUUAUGAUGAAUGAGACAUUUCGAGAUAAUUCAAAUGAUUAAUUUUAUUACUGCACAUUUCUGUAUACAAAUAACUAUGUACAAAAUUUAUAUAACUGAUUUCUAUGGGAUUUCAUCGGGAAUAAGACUUAUGGGAGAUGAGGAAA